GCAGGCGACCCUGCGGCGCUGCGAUGAGAAGAAGCUGUGUGUCCUGCAGCAGAAGAUGUCGACCCUGCAGGAGGAGAGGCAGCAGCUUCAGGCCGAGCGUCGCAGCAGCGUCGCAGCUCGAGGCAAACUGGAGACUCUGUGCAGGGACCUGCAGUCGCACUACACAACCCUGAGGGAGGAGACGCUGCAGCGCUGCAGGGAGGACGAGGAGAAGCGGAGUGAGAUCACCUGCCACUUCCAGAAGAUGCUGACGGAAAUCCAGACUCAGAUCGAGCAGCACAGCGCCAGGAACGACAAGCUGUGCCACGAAAACGCCAACCUGACGGACAAACUGGAGAGCCUCAUGAACCAGUGCGACCUGAGGGAGGAGAGUUUGGAGAAGAUCGACCGGCACCGUGAGCUGCAGCACAAACUGACCGAGGCCAAACUGCAGGAGGCUAACGCUCUGCUGACUCAGGCCGAGGAGAAGCACAAGAGAGAGAAGGAAUACUUGCUUAGGGAGGCUAUUGACAAAACAAAGAAAUGCUUCGCUAUGAAGGAGCAGGAGCUGGCCACGAAGAAGAAGGUAAAUGUCUGUUCUCUGUUCUCUUCAGUUACUGGUUCAGGCUGCUGAGUGGAAACUGCAGUCUCAAACACUCAGAGAGCAAGCGACUGUGAUGCAGGCACAGGUGAAUAUACAGAGCAACGAAACAUAC